AUGAGAUCACAACAUGAUUCUGAACUUGAAAUGGAAUUAAUUCCACGACAAAUAUCGAUUGGAAUUGAUUCAUCAUCUAUAGUAUCAUCAACACCAACGCCUUUACCAUCAACAAAAUCAUCAUUACAUUUUAUGAAGAGCUCUGUUACUGUUUGGUUCAUUCCAUUAAUAUUUGCAUUCGCAACUUUUUAUAUGUAUAUUUUAUCUACAAAUGCACCACCAUUAGACAAAGAAAGUGAUAGGUAA